AUGACCCAUAAAUACUUCAAACGUAACCCCGCAAAAUGGGGUAUUAUAAGUUUUUUAAAAGAAUGUACCGGGGAGUCAUUUGAACGCAAUAUAGAUAACUACCUUAAAGACCUCCAGACCAUCGUUAAAUAUGGAGAAAAAGACAGAUCUGAAAGGGCGCAAUUGCUUCUUGAUAGAUACAGAGAGGCAAAUGACCUACUAGGUUGUUUGAUGUACAAAAGAUCUGGCACUAGACCCAUUGGGACACAGAGACCUAUUAGGUUUUCUGAUGUUCUGGAACCUCGACCUGAUUGCAAAAAAGCGAAAAAUUGGCAAGUCUACAUCCACAAAUCAACAGUUAUGGAUAUCAGCGGGAACACGAUCGGAAAUAUAACCACCGGAACUACCAGUGGCGGAACUUUCAUUGCUGGAUUUCCUAAAGAAAUUACAUCAAAAAAAGGAAGCCGAGAAGAAUUAGAAUUACAACAAAGUGAUUCGAAUACAUCAGAUUAUGAAAUUUUUGAAGUAAAUUAUAUCUGGGCGGAUGUUUUUAGCCUCCGUCCUGUGGAUAAUACGAAUGGAAAAAAUGCGGAUGGAAAGAAACGGUCAGCCGAUGAAGCCUUUCCCCUCAUCCCUCCUCCCAAUCUUCGAGAUCGUACUCCCCCUCCCCAUCAGGCACAAGUUCAGCUUAAUAGCGAGAAUGACGAUGAUUUACAUGAUCAAGAUGAGAACGAGAAUGCAUCAACCGAGGUUCAAGAACUCAUCGCAAAGAUGGAAGAUGUAGACCAUCGUCUUUUUGAAUAUCGUAUUGUCAACCUCUCCGAAAAAAGUCUCGUAGAUCCAAUAAAUAAACUCUUUUCGGAUGAUGAUAAAAAAAGAAUGAGAAAUUUCUGGGAAGAGAUGGAGCCAUCGGCCGAAGAGAGGCAGAAUACAUUGCGUCGACCCGGGUGGGAAAAGAGUAUCAAGCCUCUAAUUGACAAGUAUGCGCUUUCCGUUGAGGUGAAGCCAAAAUCGGGCGAGUUUGAUUUCAAAAAACAUUAUGACGUAUUAUGGGUACAAGAUAUUUAUCAGCGAUUCAUGUUCUUGUUCGCCUCAUCUUUUAACAUGCUUCGCGAUGCAAAUACAUUGGAGAUAGCUUACAGAAAAUCAUUUGUUAAUCCUAUAAUUCCCAAGGCAUUCGAGGAUGUGAACGACAAGAUUAGGUUCCAAACUGGAGAGAUAGAGAGCGCAUUACGUAAACAACAUCGAAACCAGACAAGAGGCCAAAAGCCUCGGGUAGAGUAA